UUAUAAUGUUUACUAACAAAAAAGAUACUUCCGUUCUUAAAUAAGUGCAACACUUUCCUUUUUGGGCAGUUUCAAAUUAAAUGCAACCUUUCUAUUUUAGGAAGGAAAUACUAAGUAAAUUGACCUUUAUACCCUUAAUUAUUUACACUCUUCUGUCUCCACUUAUUUUUACUUUCUCCACCCACCGCCUCCCACCAAUUUCAUCUGCGUACAACCUCUUGGUCUUCAAUUUCUAUAUCUCUUCAUUUGCCCACCCCACCAAAAUCUACUUUUAUCUUCCCGACAUCAUCGACUUUCAUCACCUACUAAGUACUAAGCCAUAUCUCUAUUUCUUUCCCUGUCUUCUUCAUCUUUGAUUUUUUCCUCCGGUCUGUAUUUUAAUUGCCGCUAAAAUGGAAGAUAUGGAUGUAGAUGAAACUGAUUCUGCUCCCAUUAAGAGAAUAUGCUUGAGACUUGGUGAGUUGAUGCUUGAAUUAAUUACGAGAGGCCAAGGAAUCUGAUUCCACUUGGAAUUGUUUGUAACUGCCUUCGACGGUCCAUUUCAGAGCUUGAAGAGUUACAUGUAAUUCGAUGGACAAUUUCUAAAAGGGAAAGUAGGCUGCGAAAAUCAUCUUACCUAUCGUUUCUGAGCACUGACCCUCCUGCUCUUCUUCCUAAUUUUUUGUGGACCUCGCAAGUAUACUGCAUAAUCGAGGAGUACAAUGGUGCUUACAUAUUGUUUGCUUUCUUGGCUGUAAUGCAUCUGUGCACUGUUACAAACUGUAGCACUUAUUUGGGCAGUUGUGAUAUCCGUAUAACGAAGGGUAAAAGUGUCAAGUUCAACCUUUUGUCAUUGCUUCUUAAACUCCGUGCCCAAGUGCAUGUUGCACUUAAAACCGAACAGAGGAAGUAUAUAAUUACAGUCGGGGUUGUGCGUUAGCAAAUGUGAAAGAAUUUUUUUUCUUCAUUUUUUGGGAUUCCACCCGGGUUGGGCUUGAUGGUUAGGAGGGGUUUGGGGGGUGGGGGGGUUAGGAAAGCAAAAAAGAAAAGAAAAAAAUACCCAAACCGGAGGCCCGGCCCGGACCCGGUGGCUACCCAGGCCGGUCCCGGGUCCACCAAUCCUGAACCGCCGGCCCGCCCGGGCUUAGGCCCGACCCGGACCCGGCCCGGCCCGGGUCCAUCACUAACCCCCAUAGACAAAGUCACCCAUCAUGGAAGCACCACUAUUGUGACGUCCGUCCUUCACCAACUCACCAACUCGCCAAUACAAGACCACCCUCCACAUUGUGACAAAUGGCGGAUCCAAGAAAAGAAAAAAGAUUGGUGUACACAAAAGUUGUACACUUGUAUGUCCCCCCCACAGACAAGUGUACAACUUUUAUGUAUAACUUUCGUGUACACCUACCUUCACUCCCAAGAAAAACAGUUGUUGGGGGCAUAGUCAUUAAAAAUGGGCUUAUAAAGAAACAUAACAUCAA